AUGUCACCAUCACACUACACUCAAAUUGUACUUGCUUCGAGGCCUGCUGAUUCCGCCUUCAUCGAGGCGGACAACUUUCGUAAAGAAGUUGUGCCUUUCGAUCUCAAACCUCAAAAGGGCCAGGUGCUGAUCCGGGUGCAAUACCUCUCUAUUGAUCCUGCUACGCGCUUGUGGCUCAGCGAGACGAAAACCUUCUUGGCGCCGAUUCCAAUCGGGAGCGUCAUGCAAACCAUUGGGAUCGGAGCUGUGAUUGCGUCCGGAGAGGAUACCUCUCUUGUUCCUGGCGAUUUGGUGAGCGGGGACUUGGACAUGGCGGAAUAUACAAUCAGGGAUGCGACUGCUGUCCAGAAGCUCGAACUCCCUCUAAACACGCAGGCCCUUGAUUACAUUGGACCUCUGGGACAUAUUGGUCUCACGGCUUACUUUGGUCUCAUUGAUAUUGCCCAGAUUAAGGCCGGGGAGACCCUGGUUGUAUCCGGCGCCGCAGGUGCUAUUGGCUCCAUCGUGAUUGGCAUAUCCGGGUCCACGAAGAAGUGUGAAUGGCUCGAGCAAGAGCUGGGCAUUGACAAGGCGCUCAAUUACAAGAGUCCCACGUUCAAGGAUGACUUCUCUAAGGCGGUAGGGACGCUAGACGUAUUCUAUGACAACGUAGGCGGCGAAGCUCUUGACCUGGCGUUGGCGAGCAUGAACUUGCAUGCCCGCAUCAUUAUUUGCGGUACGAUACUCGACAUAAAUACGGCAGAGCAGUAUCCCCUGCGGAACUAUUCACAAUUACUAAGCAAACGCGCUACGAUGCGGGGAUUCAGCUUAUAUGACUAUACUGCUCGCCUUGAGGAAGGCCGCAAGUACCUCACUGAGCUCGUUACGAAGGGAGCUAUCAAACAGCGAUACCACGUGCUUAACGGCUUGGAUACCGCACCUGGAUCACUUGGAAUACUCUUCCGCGGAGAGAACGAGGGUAAAUUGAUUUUCACGUUAGCGACCGACGUGCAAUUGCAUGGGUCGUCAGAUUUCCCUAGUGCGAAUCUCAACCACUACCACCAUGGUCGCUAUAUCGAGGUCCUCGAUGCGCGCACCAUGAGCAACAUCAAUCACGUUGCCACCAGACUAGGAAAGCUCCUGCAUCUUGCCCAUCAGGUCCCAUGUGCACCAAAACGUGCUCGAGGACGAUAG